GUAUUGCGGAAAAUAAAGAGAGAAUAGGCUGGUCUUCGUUUGUCGUUGUCUCGACUUGUCCGGUGUGACUAUUACUUGUUGACCGGCUUUUAUUGAAUUAACUGGAAAAUUAUAUUCUGAAAUAAAACCAGAUUCUAGCAAUGAAAUACUUUUUGUUGCUAGGGGCCGGCAUCCUGCUUCUUUCAGGAUGGUCGGCGGCCCAUGACGAUGGCAUCGGGGUAGGGACAGUGGAAGAGGUGACUCUGGACGCCGACCUGGGCGCGUCUAGAGAAGGCUCCCGUACCGACGCGGAGGCGGUGCUGCGCGAGGAGGAGGCGAUCUCCCCGGACGGGCUGAGCGUGGCGCAGCAGCGGCAGCUGCGCGACCAGGCCCAGAACUACACCUUCCAGACGGAGGUCAACCGCAUGAUGAAGCUCAUCAUCAACUCGCUCUACAGAAACAAAGAGAUAUUUCUUCGGGAGCUGAUAUCGAACGGGUCGGACGCGUUGGACAAAAUCCGAUUGACAUCGUUGACGAACAGCGACGUGCUGGCUUCGAACCCGGACAUGAGCAUCCGCAUCAAGGCGGACCAGGAGAACCGGCUGCUGCACAUCAUCGACUCGGGCGUCGGCAUGACGCGCAACGACCUCGUCAAUAAUCUCGGCACCAUCGCCAAGUCGGGCACCGCCGACUUCCUCUCCAAGAUGCAGGAUGCUGAAAAGAGCAACGCGCAGGAGAUGAACGACAUGAUCGGGCAGUUCGGCGUCGGGUUCUACUCGGCGUUCCUGGUGGCGGACAAGGUGACGGUGGUGUCGAAGCACAACGACGACAAGCAGCACGUGUGGGAGUCGGACGCGAACUCCUUCAGCGUCGCCGAGGACCCGCGCGGAGACACGCUGCGCCGCGGCACGCACAUCACGCUGCACCUGAAAGAGGAGGCGGCGGACUACUUGCAGCCGGACACGAUCCGCUCCCUCGUUAAGAAGUACUCACAGUUCAUCAACUUUCCCAUCUACCUGUGGGCGUCCCGCACCGAGACCGUGGAGGAGGCCGACGCCGACGCCGACGCUGAUCAAGCCGACGCUGACGAGGAUGCCCAGGUAGAGGAUGCCACCGACGAAAAAAAGGAGACCAAGAAAACUGAGAAGACCGUGUGGGACUGGGAGCUGAUGAACGACAACAAGCCCAUAUGGACGCGCAAGCCCGCCGACGUGAAGGAGGAGGAGUACACGCAGUUCUACAAGAGCCUCACCAAGGACAGCUCGCCGCCACUCGCCAAGGCUCACUUCGUGGCGGAGGGCGAGGUGACGUUCCGCGCGCUGCUGUUCGUGCCGCGCGUGCAGCCCGCCGACAGCUUCAACCGCUACGGCACCAAGACCGACCACAUCAAGCUCUACGUGCGCCGCGUCUUCAUCACCGACGAGUUCAACGAGCUCAUGCCCAACUACCUCGCCUUCAUACAGGGCAUCGUGGACAGCGACGAUUUGCCGCUGAACGUGAGCCGCGAAACUCUCCAGCAACAUAAACUGGUAAAGAUCAUAAAGAAGAAGCUGGUCCGCAAGGCCCUCGACAUGCUGAAGAAGAUACCCGACGACGAGUACGAGCACUUCUGGAAGGAGUACUCGACCAACGUGAAGCUGGGCGUGAUGGAGGACCCGAGUAACCGGUCGCGGCUGGCCAAGCUGCUGCGCUUCCACUCGUCGCGCUCGAGUGAGAUGACGUUCCUGGCCGACUACGUGGCGCGCAUGCGGCCCGGCCAGACGCACAUCUACUACAUCGCGGGCGCCAGCCGCGCGGAGGUCGAGCGCUCGCCCUUCGCCGAGCGGCUCGUGCGCCGCGGCUACGAGGUGCUCUACCUCACCGAGGCCGUCGACGAGUACUGCCUCUCCUCGCUGCCCGAGUACGACGGCAAGAAGUUCCAGAACAUCGCCAAGGAAAUAUUCGACCUCGAGGAGAGUGAGCAGCAGAAGGAGCGGCUCGAGGGCUACAAGAAGCAGUUCGAGCCGCUGACGCGCUGGCUGGCCGAGCGGCUGUCUGCGUACAUCACGCGAGCGACCGUGUCGCGGCGUCUGGCACGCUCGCCCGCCGCGCUCGCCGCCACCGCCUUCGGCUGGACCGGCAACAUGGAGCGCCUCGCGCUGUCCAACGCGCACCAGAAGGCCGACGACGCGCAGCGCAAGCACCACCUGAUGCAGAAGAAGAUGCUGGAGAUCAACCCGCGCCACCCAAUGGUCGUGGAGCUGCUGCGCCGCGUGCAGGACGAGCCCGACGAGCCGGCCACGCUGCUGGCCGCCACCACGCUGUACCGCACCGCCGCCAUCCGGUCGGGCUACAUGCUGCAGGAGGGGCAGGCGGUCGAGUUCGCCGAGUCCGUGGAGCGCAUGCUGCAGCAGUCGCUCGGUCUGCCGGCCGACGCGCAGCCCGAGGACGAGCCGGACGACGAGCCGGCGGCCGACGCCGACGAGGCCGAGGUGCCCGCCGAGGACGACCACGACGAGCUGUAACCGCCUCUAGUUUGUCAUAGCAGCGAUCACCGCCGCCUCGGCGCCGGCGCGCGACGGGACGUUUAGUGCAAACUCGCUUAUAUCACUGAAUUUGGGAAAUUGUAGUGGUGUUUAAGUUUGUACUGCUCAGUCGUGGUAUCUAUAAUACUUAACUGGCGAGAUUAUGUCGUCUGUCGAUCCGUGUCGUCCAUCGACGAUGUUCCUACGAUGCGUUUACUUGUAAGCUUAAGAUUUGAUGAAACAUUCCGACAGUUUGUCUCCGUAACAUAAAGGAGUAUCGACGCAUCCUUACAAUAUCCUAGAGCCCUCUAAGUGUUCCAAUGUGGGCCAUACGUUAAUUACCAUCUAAAAGUGUGUGUUUGUGUAUGUCGAGCUGUAUGACUGUGUGCGUGGCUGUACGCAUUAAGUGGUAUGCGUUAAUGACUGCAUUUUUUUUUACACUGGUCGUGUAACAGCGACCACCGUAGUCGUAAUGUAAAUAAAUAUUUAUUUAUACAA